AUGUUGAAUUACGGACUAACAAUCGCUUCCAAAGGACAAGAGCCGUUGCUGGAGAAGCUAGACGAGAUCUUAACAGACUACAGCAGAUUCACGACGGAGGAACAGAAGGAGGAGAAAGCGGAUGAUGUUAACAACGUGAUAGAUUUUACGGCGGCGAAGGAGACGUCUCCGGAGGAGCUGAAGGGAGAGAGGAAGGAGAUGGUGGAGAAGCAAUGUACGGCAUAUUGGACGACUCUGGCUCCGAAUGUAGAGGAUUACAGUGGCGCUGCAGCGAAGAUGAUCGCUAGAGGUUCUGGUCAGUUGAUCAAAGGGAUCUUAUGGUGUGGAGAUAUCACAACGGAUCGUCUCAUGUGGGGAAAUGAUUUCUUGAAGCAGAAGCUUUCGAAAGGAGACAAGGAGAUCGAAGUUAGCCCUAGAACUUUGAGACUUCUCAAAAGAGUGAAGAGGAUGACGAUAAGGACAGAGGAAGUGGCGAUUGCUGUGCUCUCUGGUCUUAUAGAAGUUUCUGGAUUCUUCUCGAGCUUAGUGGCGAAUACCACAGCUGGGAAGAUACUCUUUCGUCUUCUUCCUGGAGAAAUGGUUCUUGCAACAAUGGAUGGAAUCAACAAGGUUGGUGAUGCUGUUGAAAUAUCGGGAAGGAACGUUAUGAAAACAUCUUCAACUGUCACAACUGAAAUCGUAGAUCACAAAUAUGGGGCAAAGUCAGCAGAAGCGACAAACGAAGGGCUUGGAGCAGCAGGACAUGCAGUUGGAACAGCAUGGACAGUUGCCAAGGUCACACAAGUUGCUAGCGCCACAGGUGCAUUGAAGCCAUCAGCACUACCUAAGACCGCAAUUAAAGUGGCAUUUAAAGAAAUGGUGAUGGGGAAAAAGAGUUCUAAGUAG